AUGUCUUCCACGUCCACAUCCGCCGAUACCACACCGAUCGCCCCCGCGCGGUUCGCCGCCGCCCUCAAGGACCUCUCGGUCGGCAUGUUACACCUCAAAAUCCUUGAAAUCCGCAAUUCGAUCGCCCACCUACAGUACUCCAACGACCAGCUCAAGCCAUUUGCAGAGGGCACAGAGUCCACACCAUCCGGUGAAUCCUCAGGGCCUGACCAGGACUGUAUCGAUGCUAUUCGCGAGAACGAACAAGUCAUUGAUCGUAUGGCUGAGCGCGUUUCUCUGAUUCGUGCAGAGGUGGAAGAACGUGGACUUAGCUGGACGGAAUUCCAGAACCGGGAUGAGACAACUAGUAAGAACGAUGAAGACGCGGCUGCUGUCAAUGGAGACACUCAAGCUGGUACCGCGACAUCUGGCAACGAGAAUCGACACAAUGCAUGGAACGAUGGGACUUUUCAAACAGGAACAAUUCGAAACGGCGAGGUACAGGUGGAUCGCCAGGCCGGUCGACCAGAGGGUGGAAGUUUGAGCGACGAGCAGCUCCGAAGGGCUCUAGAGGAGCGAAUGCGAGACCUAGGCACGGAUGACGAUGAAGGAGGCAUGCACCUUUGA